AUGUCAAAACGCACGCUAGACGCAUUCUUCAAACCAGUCACCACCUCUACCUCUACAAAACGAACCAAACCAAACUCCGACGAUACACUACCACCACCACCGGCCGAAGAUACCUGCCCCCCAGAUACCCAUCCCAGCUACCCAAUUCCAAUCCCCCAACUCCCCUCACACAUCUCAAUCAGCUUGACACACGGGACCCCCGCAAAGCAACCCCGGACCAUAAACAACCAACCAGACCUGGACCUGCUCUACUUCAACCCAUACAUAACUCGAACCACAGCCAACGAACUAUUCAAGUUCCUCCGCCGCGAACUACCCUUCUACCGCGUCCAAUACACGAUUAAGCGCGGGGGCAUCGAAACAGAAAUAAACACACCCCGAUACACAACCGUCUUUGGGGUCGACGAGACGUCGCAAUUUAUAUCAAUACCUACGAAUAACUCCCCAGAUGCACACCCUGCAAACACAAACCCUCAACCCACUCUAACAACAUCACAACCUCAACCACAACCACCCCUCUCAACCCAAACCCUCGUCGACAAACCCUCCAACCAACCAAUCCGCGCAACAAAAUACCAAUACACCCCGCGCCCCAUCCCUACAUGUCUCACACACCUAAAAAACCAAAUCGAAUCCGCAACAGGCGCCCACUACAAUUUCUGCCUGGUAAACUACUAUUCCACCGGCAACGACAGUAUAACCUUCCACUCAGACGACGAGCGCUUUCUAGGCGCAAACCCGGACAUCGCAUCGUUGAGUCUAGGCGGGGAACGGGAGUUUGUUAUGAAGCAUAAACCGGCGCCUACGGACGCUGCUGCUGCUACUACGCAAGCUACGCAAGGUCCAUGUGGUGCUGCUACGCAGAACUCUACCGCGUCGUUGAAAAUGCCCCUCUCCUCGGGCGAUAUGAUCGUCAUGCGCGGGUCUACACAGUCACACUGGCUGCAUAGUAUACCCAAACGCAAGGGCCGGGGUGGUGAUGCGGUGCGGGGACGGAUUAAUAUUACGUUUCGGAGGGCGAGGGUUCCUGCGUGGACGAAUAAUUAUUAUAAGUAUAAUGUUGGGGGAGGGGGCUGUUUUUAG